AUGGUGAAUGAUUUCGCUCAACUCAAAAACACGGUUACCCGGCCUAUUUCAACAGAGCGUGACGCUCUUCCAGGUGAUGGCGUAGGGCAAACCCCUCUUAGUCCUCCACAUCCCACAAAGCAACCCACAUUAUCGGAAGAAAGUUUACAACCCCCCACCACCGACGAACGACAACGCUCACGACUAGCGAAGCCAGCAAUCAACAGCCGGUAUAAUAUCUCCGAAACUUCAAUAACCAUGGCAUCUGCUCAAUCUCAAACAAUCUCCAAGCGCCGCAAGUUCGUUGCCGACGGUGUUUUCUAUGCAGAGUUGAACGAGUUUUUCACUCGCGAAUUGGCUGAGGAGGGUUAUUCCGGCGUUGAAGUUCGUGUCACUCCUACUGUCACUGACAUCAUCAUUCGUGCUACCCACACUCAGGAAGUCCUCGGAGAACAAGGUCGCCGUAUCCGUGAACUCACAUCGCUCAUCCAAAAGCGUUUCAAGUUCCCCGAGAACUCUGUCUCCCUAUAUGCCGCCAAGGUCCAGAACCGUGGUCUUUGUGCUGUUGCCCAGUGUGAAUCCCUCCGGUACAAGCUUCUCAACGGUCUUGCUGUUCGUAGAGCUUGCUAUGGUGUUUUGAGAUUUAUCAUGGAAUCUGGUGCCAAGGGUUGCGAGGUUGUUGUGUCGGGAAAGCUUAGAGCUGCUAGAGCUAAGAGCAUGAAGUUCACCGACGGAUUCAUGAUUCACUCUGGUCAGCCUGCCCGUGACUUUAUUGACUCCGCCACUCGCCACGUUCUUCUCCGGCAGGGUGUACUUGGUAUCAAGGUCAAGAUCAUGCGUGGAAGUGACCCCGAUGGAAAGAGCGGACCCCAGAAAUCUCUUCCUGACACUGUUACCGUUAUCGAGCCCAAAGAAGAGGCGCCAAUUGGACAACCCUCAUCGCAAGACUACGGUGCUAAGGCUGACGCUGCGCGCGCGGCCGCCACCCAAGCUCAAGCACAGGAGAAUGUUGCCGCUGAGCAAGUUGGUGUCGAGGCGGGCAAUGAGGAUGCCGCUGCUGAAUAUGCUCCUCCUGCCCCUGCCGAAGAUCUGGGUGGGUGGUAAAGCAGAAAUCAACAAAAUAAUCUCAGUUAAAUAAACUUCUCGUUUCCCUA